AACGCAACCCACGACUUCUCUCCUCCAUCGACAACCACAAUGGCGCCCCGCUCCUACUCCAAGACGUACAGCGUCCCCCGUCGUCCUUUCGAGUCCGCUCGUCUGGAUACUGAGCUGAAGCUCGUCGGCGAGUAUGGUCUUCGCAACAAGCGCGAGGUCUGGCGAGUCCAGUUGACUCUGUCCAAGAUCCGUCGUGCCGCUCGUUCGCUUCUUACUCUCGACGAGAAGGACCCCAAGCGCCUCUUCGAGGGUAACGCCCUCAUUCGCCGUCUCGUCCGUGUCGGUGUCCUCGACGAGUCCCGCAUGAAGCUCGAUUACGUCUUGGCCCUCAAGAUUGAGGACUUCUUGGAGCGCCGUCUCCAGACCUGCGUCUACAAGCUCGGUCUCGCCAAGUCUAUUCACCACGCUCGUGUUCUCAUCCGCCAGCGCCACAUCCGUGUCGGAAAGCAGAUCGUCAACGUCCCCUCCUUCAUGGUCCGCCUCGACUCCCAGAAGCACAUUGACUUUGCUCUGACUUCGCCAUUCGGCGGCGGCCGCCCCGGCCGUGUCAGGAGGAAGAAGGCCAAGGCCGCCGAGAAGGGUGGUGAUGACGAUGCCGGUGAGGAGGACGAGGAGUAAACAUUACGCCAAAAAGAAUGAUUCAU